AUGGCUGAAAAGUUUACUAUUUAUUCGUCUUCCGAAUCGCAAUGGGUCGGGGUCAUGCUCCUUGCGCUCGCUAAAAAAGGACUCAAAGAGCAAUUGGAUUACGAUGUUCGCGAGAUUCGCCUUUCUACGGGAGAUAACUUCGCGCCGGAAUAUCUCGCCAUUAACCCCAACGGCACAGUCCCGUCUUUGACUGCCCCCUCUCUCGCCAAACCUCUGAUCGAAAGCGUCGAUAUCCUCAGGUGGAUUGACUCUCGCGGCACAAAGACUCUUGUGCCCCAGGACGAAACCCGCUCAAAGGAAAUACUUGAGCUUAUGCAUUCGCCGUCAAUGACCACGAAUCUCAUCCUAUUUCAGGCACGAGAUUCCGCUGAAAUGGCGGCAAAGAAAUCCAGUGCUUGGAACGCAUUUCUAGAAGGACGUCAGACGCGCCUUGACAAGGAGCUCGCCGCCCAGCCCGAUCAUCCGUUCUAUGCUGCAAAGACCGCCGAGAAUCUCUCAAUUACUUCAUUAUAUCGGGCUAAGAUUAGUCCGGAUCACGAGCAGCUCUAUAAACUGUCAGAUCAGAUGUAUCGCACUGUGGCGGAGGGUCUCGAUAAGCUCGACGGCUUGAUCGCCCUGCCGUAUGCGGCUGGAUCGCAAGUCAGCGAGGCGGACUACAACAUGGUGCCGUGGCUCGCUCAUGCUAUGAUGGGGGCGCAGACGCCAGUGAGGGCGAUUCACGACUUUGGCCCUCUAGAGGAACUGAUCCAAAAAUCCGUCCCUGAAUUCAAGAUUGGAUCUAGAAUAAAGGAGUGGUGGUCCAAUGUUUCCGAGACGGAGCCGUUCAAGCAGGUAUAUCCGACCUUGCAUUAG